AUGCUAUCCAUAUGCCCGGGGCAGCGUUUCCUCGUGCGUAGGUGUGUUUUUAUGGGAAGUGGAGGACAGAGAGACACUCGCGUUAAUAUCUCACUGACCGUGUGACAGUCUGGGAGGGAGACAGCAGGAAUGGAGCCGCUGUAACUGAGCAGCAACAGACUGAAACGCUGGACGAUGUCGUCUGAUAAGGGCUGCUGCGUUUCCUUCACACAGUGCUUCUUCGACUACUCCACAGCAAAGAGUCUGGUGAUACGGAGUAAAGCAGUGGGGGCUCUGAACCGGCUCUGUCAGGCUCUGGUCUUAGCUUAUAUCAUUGGGUAUGUUUGCGUUCUGAAGAAAGGCUACCAGGACACGGACUCGGUCAUCAGUUCGGUCACCACCAAGGUUAAGGGCAUCGCCCUGACCAACACUUCUGACCUGGGCUUGCGGAUUUGGGAUGUGGCCGACUACGUCAUCCCCCCUCAGGAGGAGAACUCAUUCUUUGUGCUCACAAACCUCAACAUCACACCAAACCAAAAGCAGUCACGCUGUGCUGAGAAUCCUGGACCUGAAUCCUCAUGUUCUUCGGACCACGACUGCAAGAAGGGCUUCCACGACAGCCGCCUCAGUGGCGUGCGGACGGGCAGAUGUGUGAAUUUUUCAGAGACGAAUAAGACGUGUGAGGUGUUGGCCUGGUGUCCUCUAGAGAAAAGCGGCGAUCCUCCUGAUCCUCCGAUGCUGGCAGAAGCAGAAAACUUCACAGUUCUGAUAAAGAACAGCAUCCGAUACCCCAAAUUCAACUUCAACAAACGGAACAUCCUGCCCCACAUAAACAGAACCUACCUGUCCCAGUGCGUGUUUAACAAUGAGACGGAUCCAGACUGUCCGAUUUUCAGGCUCAGGGACAUUGUGGCUGCGGCUGGAGAGGACUUCCUGACUAUGGCAGUCCAUGGGGGAGUGAUGGGGGUGCAGAUCCGCUGGGACUGCAACCUGGACAUGCCUGAGAGCUGGUGUGUCCCACACUACACCUUCCGCAGACUUGACAACAAGGAUCCAGAAAACAACGUCGCUCCAGGAUACAACUUUAGGUUCGCCAAGUAUUACAAAAAUGGCGACGGUGAAGAGAUGAGAACACUAAUCAAGGGGUACGGCAUCCGCUUCGAUAUCAUGGUGUUUGGAAAUGCUGGAAAAUUCAACAUUGUGCCAACACUCCUCAACAUAGGUGCUGGUCUGGGCCUGAUGGGGCUGGUGACCGUGGUGUGUGACUGGUUCGUCCUGUUUGUCAUGACAAAAAGACACCUUUACAGAGAGCACAAGUACUCCUACGUUGAUGACUAUGAGCUUGUGUCCAAUGAGGUCCCAUAGAAGUCUGAAGAUUUGAGGAUUUGACACACUGCAAAUGUUGAUACUACUAACACUUGAUUAAUUGCCUUGAACCUUUAUUUUUGUAUUUGAACGUAAAUUUUCCAAUAAAUAAACCUUAAAUUAAAACUGUCU